CUCUACUUUGACUCUUCGAUACCUUUACAUCAUUGUGCUUUGGUUAUGGAACGGUGUUGCCUCGUGCCCACUUGCUGGGCAUGUGGAUUGCAGUGGGCCAAGUGUGGUGCCUGGGAUGAGCCAUGAUUGAGUAUUCAGAGACAUGGCUCAUUCUUACUCUCCUUCGAUGGAAAGGCUCUGUAUUUCCUCGGUCUUGCUACUUUGCCAUACCGUCCGCUCUCCUCACUGGGCUGCUGCUUCAGGUAGAAGAAUCGGCGCAGGUUCGCCUUCGAGAGGAGCUUGGGUUGCUAGAUGCCAACAGAAGCCAGCUGUGGAUUAUCUCCGUAGGUGUUCUUCAUGCCCUGCUGAUCUUCCGCAUCAACAGAGCGAUGGAACGCUUUUGGGAGGGUACAGGGUUGCUUCAUCAGAUGCGCGGAGAAUGGUUUGAUGCAGUGAGCUGCUGCGUCACCUUCACCCGUGGCUCCAUAGCGACAAGGUUUGAGGAGACCAUGAAGUUCAGACACACCAUUGUGCGCUUGAUGAGCCUUUGCCAUGGAAGCGCUCUCGAAGAAAUUGGAGGUGAAGAGAGUGAUUUCUGCGAGACCAUUGAUGCAGCCGGCUUGAGCAACCUGACCCAGGCCCAUUUGAAAGAGUGUGCAGAGGUGCUGCGAUUCAAUCGUGUAGAAGUCUUACUUCACAUGAUUCAGUCUUUGAUCACACACAACCUCGACAUUGGGAUCUUGAAGGUCCAACCUCCCAUUCUGUCUCGAGUCUACCAGACCCUCUCUAGAGGAUUUGUGAAUCUUUUGAACGCCAAAAAGAUUGCGGACACGAGGUUUCCAUUUCCAUUUUCGCAGCUCAUCAGCGCCCUCCUGUUUGUUCAUGUUGUCAUGCUUCCAGUCUUGCUUUCUGCGGUUAUCUCAGAAGUUUGGCUUGCCAUGACUCUAACGUUUAUUCCAAUUUUCUCGAUGUGCUGCCUCAACUACAUUGGAGUUGAGCUUGAGAACCCUUUUGGGCGAGAUGAUAACGACCUUCCGUUGAAACAUUUUCAAGCAGAGAUGAACAACUGCUUGCUGAUGCUGUUGCAUCGCAGUGCGGACUUUAUGGCCGGCGUAAGCAAGCAGCGCUGCAUUGUGGACAUUCAAGACAUCAGGGAGGCGAUGCGUAUUACUUCAAUGGAGAGUUGGUUGCAAGAUGCCAUUGCAAAGGCGGCAACAAGCUCAACGGAUAUCCCUGCAAAAGACAAUGAGGAUUCAUUGACAGACUCGGCACUCUCUGACAUGGAGGUGGCACUCGAAGAUGGUGAGCCACCUCCAGGCAGACGGCCAGAGAAGCUCCUGCCACCGGCGAGAAGUGAAACUUCCUCAGGUGAAGCCUUCGAGGAAAAGCUGCAACCAACAACAUUGCUGCAAGGCAUGGAUCAGGUGGUUUCAGUGCUAAUGGGCAUCAGACAGGCCAUUGAGGUUCAAUCUGAGGAUGUGGGUCGCAGCAUCGAUUCCUUCUUGUCGCUGGCAGAGACCUUGAGGAAAAGUGGAGAAUUGGGUGACGAUCUGAUUCUGGACGAAGACGAGUCGCAUGACGUCAGCUUUGCCCAUGGUUGGGACUGCCACGUGCUGUUUGCAAGUGGUUCAUGAGGAAUGAUUGCUGGGAUCGAACUGUCCUCGAAUCCAUGACUUGUCGAAAAAGUCACUCUUUGCAACUUAUUUUUUUGUUUGCAGGCUAUUCUGAUGUAGUGUCAUUCAACUGAGAUGAGCAGCUUUUGCCAAAUCAAGAAAGACACCUUUGGCC